GCCCGUUCCUCGGCCCGCCGUGCAGCGCUUCCUCCCGGCCAGAGGAAUGUCCGGGUCUCCGGUGUCAACAUCCAGGAUCUCUCCGGAGAGACGUAACACACCAAACAACCCGACGGCACUUCGAUAACGCCUUAUUUUGCUAUCUCCGGGGACAGCGAUUAUAAUGUCCUUUGUGUGUAUGCGCAAAGAUUGAGAGACGAUUUUACUGCGGAUGCAUUUAGUCAACGACCGCUGUUACUUAAAACGAUGACCGAUUUCGGAGUGAAAACGGCACUUUCAGUCAUUUAAAAAAAAACAAAAAACCUGGGGUUCGGUUGGUUAGUUAGCUUAGCAGCGACAUAGCCUGUUUUAUUUUGUUAAGUUAGUCCAAGGAUCAACGGGUGAAAAUCACAGUUGACAUGAUGUUUCCACAAUCAAGACACUCGGCAUCCUCUCAAACCAGUCAGCCACUGAAGUUCACCACCUCAGAUUCCUGUGACCGCAUCAAGGACGAGUUCCAGUUCCUCCAAGCACAGUACCACAGUUUGAAGUUGGAAUGUGAUAAACUUGCCAGUGAGAAGUCGGAGAUGCAGCGGCAUUACAUUAUGUACUAUGAGAUGUCCUAUGGGCUGAACAUUGAAAUGCAUAAACAGGCUGAAAUAGUGAAGAGAUUGAAUGGGAUCUGUGCUCAGGUGCUACCCUACCUGUCACAGGAGCAUCAGCAGCAGGUCAUGGGUGCCAUAGAGAGAGCCAAGCAAGUCACACCGCCUGAGAUGAACUCCAUCAUACGGCAACAGCUUCAGGUGCACCAGCUGUCCCAGCUCCAGGGUCUGGCCCUGCCCAUGACUCCACUGCCCCUGGGUCUCACUCCCCCCACUCUGCCUGCAGUCUCCUCCAGCUCAGGCCUCCUCUCCCUGUCUUCCAUCCUGGCCAACCAUUCCCAUGCCCAGGCCCAGCUGGCUAAAGAGGACAAGGCCCGGGACGCCUCAGAGAGGGAGCAGAGAGGGGAGGAGGAUGGGGACAAGUCGGACUAGUCCCAAUGCAGAAAGGGAGAGAUGGGGUGAGAACGAGAGGAGGAGAGGUGGGGAUAGAUAUUUGUCUAACUGUAAACUGAGACGGGUGCAUGUCUGGCUUGCUCUCUGUGAAGGGGUGGAAGUCGGGGAUGGAGAGGAGUAGUGAUAGGGAUGACAUCAAGUUGCACUGGUAGACAAGAGCACAGAGUUUAACUUUUUCAUGGUGGGGGGAGGGGUGUUGGAAAUGGUUUGGAGAAUGAAUAAAUGACAGAACAGAAGCAAGUGAGAGUAGGGGUUGAUUAUUGAUAUUAAUUAGCGAUAAUAGACUCAGUUCAGGCUUGUAGACUUAAAGUAGAUGCUUUUUAGUGUAAGCCAGUUUGUAAGGCUCAACCAAGAUUAAACCAUGAGUUUUCACUCGGGAGUUUGGAGCCAGAGUGAAGGUUGAAUACAUGAAUUUGAACAACAACCUCUCAUGCAUGGUUGCUCUCACAGAAUUACUCCCCCCCCCCCCAGACUGCUACGCUCCGAUUGUUUUGUAAUUUAAUUUGCAGUUUAUCAAUCAAUUGUCAAAAUCAAAUCUAUUUUACGUAACUUUCUUUCGUGUGUGCGUGUGUGUGUGUGUGUGUGUGUGUGUGUGUGUGUGUGUGUGUGUGUGUGUGUGUGAGUGAGCGAUGUCUGGCCUCUUUUCUGUCCCGACGUUUGCAGUCAUUCACAAUGAGGAGUGUGGACCUGAGUAACAUUCUUUCCCCUCGCUUACUACCUUUUCCGCCAUUGCUACCAGGUAGCUUUGUCAACGUUUUUCUUCAGCCUCUCACUCAAACAUUGACUUGAGCUCAUUGUUUCCGAUGCAUUUCUGCAAAAGGAGCCAAAAUAUUUCAACUUUUUCCAAUUUAAGUGGGACCUUUCUCUCCAAAAUCAUACUCAUCAGAUGCAUUUAGAGCUCAGUGGUCCAGUGUGUGUUCGUAUCGCAGACCACUGGACUCUUCAGUUGAGCUAUGUACCUCCAUCCCAAUUGAAUGGGAUUUUUUAUCUUAAUUUUUUUUCCAUUAGAGGAGUAUACUAGAUAAAAAUACAGUCAUGUACCUUGGCAGGAGCAUCAUUUGCGUUUAAUGGACCUUCGCUUGAUGGGAUGGGUAGUCUGCUUGUUCAAAUUUGAUGACAUUUAAGUUUUUGAGACUGACUUUUUUGGCAUUUGAUUUUCUUUUUUAAUUUAGAUUUUUUUUAUUUGUUCAUUUGCAUUUUUUUUGCAUGAAGUUUAGGAUAUGCUUAUUAGGCAUUCAAAUUGAAUAUGUGCUUAGUACGGUGAAUGUGAUCUAGGGACACUCAAUUUUUUUUUUCCUAUGAAGCACCUUUUCUAUUUUCUCUUCUCCCUACCACUUUCCACCCCACCCCCUCUUCCUACUCCUUUGGUCCGUGCCCUUAAAAAAACCAAGACAAACUUGAAUGGGACCUGGACCUCUGUUUCACCAGAUUGCAGAGUACUGUAUACCUGUAAGUUAGCAUAGCACUUCAGUUUGUACUGAUACCGUGUCAAAAAAGCCCCCCUGUAUUUCCCACCAUGUUUGAUUUGCAUGAGUCUGGAGAAAAGACGAUUCCCUUUCUGUUUUCCUGUCUUUUGUAGUGGGUGACUUGCUAAAACUCUGUAGACAACAGCGGAUGUUGCCUCCCUCAGACAAGAAUGGCGCCUUUCACAAACAAGCGCUCUGGCACCCAAAAUGUGUGCUUGUGACCAAACUACAGCCAAAGUUGCGAUUUGCAAAAAAAUUGACAGCAAUUGCAAAAAAAAAGAAAGAAGUAAUUUAAGUUGUGCUUAAACCAUAUUUAUGUUGAUUUAUCACAAGCCAAAAGUUAAUUUUCUCAUUACCCACAUCAUGAAUACUAGUCUACAUAUAUUUUGAGAUUUGGCCUUGGAGCAACGGUACAGUUGGAUGUAGGAGAAUGCGUGAAUAGGUCUGGAAGGGAUACUUGGGUUUCCAGGGUUUUUACUGUAUGUCCUACCUGUGUCAGACAGAGUCAGACAAGCUUGUGCAUAGUUGUGAUGGAGAAAUGAGGCUUUCUGAAGGAUGGAGGCUUUCCAGCCAGUUGUAUCACAAAUACAUUUCUUACUCGAAGCCUUAUUCAACACACUGUACACAGGUGACACCUGGUGAUAGAAAUAAUUUUGAGCAGUCAAACCAUUAUAUUGAUGACGUGCCACCUACUGUAGCGCAGAAACAUCGCUGACAUCUAGUUGCAAACAGUACAGCUGCUGUAAGCAAUAAUAAUACGCUCAUGCUUUCUAAUACACUCAUAACCUACAAUUAUCAUUAUCAUUGGGCUAGGUUUGUUGUUGUAACCACUUCCUAAUAUAAUAAACAGUUAUAUAUCUAUCCAUCCAUUAUCCAAACCGCUUAUCCUGCUCUCAGGGUCGCGGGGAUUCUGGAGCCUAUCCCGGCAGUCAUUGGGCAGCAGGCGGGGAGACACCCUGGACAGGCCGCCAGGCCAUCACAGGGCAAUAAUGUAUUUUCACCAAGUUUGAUGAUGGGUAAAUGAUAUACGUAUUUGUGUUUGAGGAACUAUUUUGACCAAAAAUGCAGGAAAUCAACAAGAUUGAAAUAAAGAGGGACGUGUGUGAGGGGUUCAGCUGUGCAGUAAGUGCCGCAGAUGGGGUGUGAGUGAUUUGGUAUGUGCAAUGAAAGGGAAGGUGCUUUGUGACUGGGAAAAGGGAACGUUUUGGACACCAUUUCCAUCGUCUUGAAUAACAUUGGGAGAUGCCAAACAAGAGAUUUUAUUUUUCACAGGUUUAAUUUUCCUUAGGGGGGAAUUUUUUUUUUAAAGAUUAAUCGGAACGAUCCAAAAAUAAUCAAAAACUCCUCAAACCUUCAACUCUAGGCACUCUGCAACCAACAAUGUUAUCAUCGUUGGUUGCAAAGAUGGUUUGGUUGGCCGCAGAUGAGGCUUCCUUACACCUACUAACCCAAACUCAAAACCAACCAGUCACGUGCUUCUACAGGCAACGAGGCCUCAUUUGUCGACCACGUGCUUCAUUAUCGAUCGUAAUAUCGCUCCUGGAUAACUUUAUCAUGUCUGUGCGGCGAUCGGCUUCAGAGAAGGUUAAUUCCCCUUCUUUUGAGAGCAGCUGCUAGUGAUCCUGGUAGACAUCCAGCAACUGAGCUAAGCUAGGCUAAGCGCCGCGCCGUUCAGUGUACCUUCAAAGUACUCACUCAGACAUAAGAAAUAAAAGGUAUCCAUCAGUUUGUCUGACUCUGUAUAAUUAGGGCACAGGGAAGAAAAAAGAAAAAAAAGGAAACCAAAGACGCCUUUAAUGAUUUUUUUUAUUUUUUAUGAUAGAUUGUAAUUCCCUUGUUGGUCAGCAGAGAGCAGUGUUGUUUUUUCUCCACCAUUCCAGUUGAUUUUGAGGGAACCGUUGUUCUCAGCUGUCUGCCUAUGACCUGAAAAAGGGAGAGGCGAUACACACACACACACACACACACACACACACACACACACACCCACACACCCACACACCCUCAGCACUGUUUUUCUCUCUUGAGUGGAGACGUUGACUGUGGGCCAGUGAUGGGCCUGCUGCUGUGCUGGUCGGUAUUCUCCAGCAACGUGAGUGCUCCGCAGAGCAUUAGCAACCCACCUUUUAUGUCUAAUGAGUGUGUUCAUUUUUUUUCUCUAAAUAACGAGAUAAGGGUUCUUACCAUUCCUCUAUGUUCCUUCUGUUUUUAACAAAAAAAAAAAAAAAGCACUUAGAUUGUGUCUCAAUACCUCUCCUCUGUGGCACCCCCCCCCCCCGCCCCCCAUUCAUCUGCAUAUGCACAAGCCACUGUGACAUGAAACAUGGUCCGGUGUGGAGGUCUGAAGUUGAACACGGCCAAUGUGAGUCCAGAUCAAGGGAAGGAAACGAGGAGGGAGAGGCAUGGGCCGGUGGAGGUAAACUCCACGCGUUGAGGCUGAUCUCUGUAGAAAAACCUGCUCGGCAAAAACAGACAUAUGAAUGAGAAAUGUGCAUUUGUUUUAGCUGUGAAGGGCCAAUUUAUAUACAUAUUGAUAUAUCAAUAUAUAUGUAUAAUUUUUUAAAGCAUUUUUGUAUGUUUCAAAGCUGCUUUCUUGUGUGUGUGUGUGUGUGUGUGUGUGCGCGCGUGUAUGAGAGAGAGGACGUUGUUGUUGUUGUGUGCAUUACUUGCCUGUAGUAAGAGAGGCACUAUAUUGGAUACCUUAACCCCCCCCCACACCUCUUAAUCUCCCCAUUUUUCGGUAGGCAGUAACAAUUUUUUUUUUAGCCUUGUAAAUGUCACUGGUCUUUUUUUUUCAUCUUGUUUGCGUGUGUGUGAAUCUUAAGACAUGAACUUGUUUAUAUUGUACAUUGUUGUUUAUUAAAACAAUAUUGCUGCCUCAUUUAAGAAAAAAAACAGCGAGGCAAAAAAAAAACCUAAACAAGCAAAUGUGUACUCUAAUGACAAUGACCCAUUCAGCAGUAAGGAAGUGUCUCUGGUGCCUUACAAAUAAAAGACCUGAUG